AUGGCCGCUUCUGUGUUACUUGCUUCCUUCCUUAUGCUAACGUGCCUUCUCCUUGCUGAGGGCAAAACGCAUCGCGUAGCCCCUGGGCCGGCCGCUGGCCCGCUCAGCCUCACCACCAUCCUCGAGAAAAGUGGGCAAUACAAAACUCUCCUGCGUCUGCUAAAGGAAACCCAGGUGGGCGUACAGAUCCAGAGCCAGCUGAAUAAUUCUUACAAUGGACUCACACUCUUUGCCCCCACAGACAAUGCCUUUUCUUCGCUCAAAGCUGGUGCUCUUAAUGGCUUGAACAACCAGGAACAGGUUUCUUUGGUUCUCUACCAUGUUCUUCCUCGGUUUUAUAGCCCAUCUAUGUUUGAAUCCUCAAGCAAUCCAGUGAACACUCAAGCAUCUGGAAGCGAUGGCGUCUACACCCUAAACGUUACUGGAACAAGCAAUCAGGUGAACAUAUCCACUGGAGUGGACCAGGCGGAGAUCAGCAAUAUCCUUUACUCAGAAUUUCCUCUUACCGUUUAUUCCAUAGAUAAAGUUUUGCUUCCAUAUCAGCUCUUCGGACCAAAGCCUCCUGAAGCAGCUCCAGCGCCAGCUCCGGUAGCGGCGCACAAGAAGAAGCAUAAGAAAGCUGCUGAGGAUUUGGCGGCGGCGCCGGUGGCAGACGCCGAUAUAAAGGCGUCGGGGACAAAGCUCAAGAAGAGCAAGUUAGAGUGGCGAUUGGCUCUUUGGGGUUUUUUGUUCUGUGUUGGGAGUUUGAUGUGA